AAGAGAAGGGGUCGAAAUUUUCCGCGAACUGGCUUCACAGAUUUGAAUGUAAACUGUCAAAGUUAAGAAUAAAUUUCUGAAGUAAAAUAAAGUAAAUAGCUAUGUCACUUACAAAACAUUUUCUGUACAGUAUAUAAGGAUUAUAUUUCUUCACUUUUCAUACAACAAUAGAAGAUAAAGAAAACAUUAAAGAAUAAAGAAAGAAGUUUGUUUUUAUAAAAGUUUCAUUAGAUAUAAUAGAAUUAAAUAUAAAUUAUUAAAAAUGGCUAGAAAAAUUUUAGCAAAUAUAGUGAUGGAUUCAAAUAGGAACGAUUCUUCAACCGUCUCUUCUCCAUUGCGUAGAAAAACGAUAAACAUAACAACAAAUAUGUCACCUUUGUUAGAAAAUGAUGAUGAAAGAGAACGUUUAGCAUUGAGAUGUCAUGCUACUCCAAGUACAUCAAUUAAUACAUCUAGUGAAAGAAGACAAUCGUUAGGUUUAAGCUAUUUAGCACAAAUGCCAGAAACUAAAAUGACCGAACUCAUAUCUGAAUAUAUCAAAUUGAGUACUGAAAAUAAAAUCAAUCCUAAAAAUGCAUUUAGUUUACAAAUGAUUGAUUAUAUGACGUACAUGGUUACUAAAAGAUAUUCAGAAAUGACUAACUUGCAAAUGGCUAGCACAUCGUUGGAUGUAUGUGCCAAAAUUUAUGGGUAUCGCGUUGACGGUAUGUACACAGACGUUUUAAAAAUGGUUGGUGCAAUGGAUAAACAAAAGGAUGAUAAUUUAACUGAUAUGGAAAUAGCACAGUCUAACAAAGAUUCAGAUGGAGAAGAAGAAGAAGUAAAAAGUCAAACGAAGAGAAAAAAGAAAAAAGGAAAACAAAAGAUUAUUAUUACAGAUGAUGCAUUAAGUGUAACAAUAGAAACAAUGGUACCCUCGCGAAUGACUGUAAGAAAAGGAGAAGAUUUUUGUUCGUCUGAUAUGCUCUACCAAAUAGUGUUACCGCAUCUUGCUAAUUCAGGCUUUUAUCAUAAUAUAUGCAAUGAUAUUAUUUUAGAUCAAUUAAAUGAAACAAAUGAAAAUAAUGAAAAUUGUCCUACUUAUACUAUAUCAAAGAUAGAUGAUAUUUCUCAGUUAGAUCUGUUUCCGAGCAUGCCUGAUUUUCAAUUUUUAAGAUGGUCAUURGAAGAUGAAGAAGAWAUCAUAGAGCCUGUACAAGAAAACAAUGAAAAUCAACAAUUUCAUUUUGAUCUUGAUGCCAGUGUACCUUCUGCAGAUGAAGAGUAUUUUGAAGAAGCGAAUUAUUWUCAAAUGGAUACAGAUACAAAUGAUAAAAAUAUGUGUGMGAGAAAUCCGAAACAAACGGAAAAUAUWGUAGAUUUUCGUAAAAUUAUGACCGAACAAAUAAUKCAAAAUSAGRAAAUGCCAGAAUAUUCUUUCUUAAAACAAAAUAUGAAUUCAAUUCAUUGGGCAGGACCUUCUUAUUGGAAAYAUAAAGGUCUAAAAACAUUGUUAAGUAAUAGCAAAGUAGUAGAAACUUGUCAACAUACUGCACGUAAGAAGAGAAAAGAAUUUGAACUUUCAUUCACGAACGAAAAUAAAUCUGUAUUGGAUCAAAAGUUUGAAUGUAGCAGARUGAACAAAAUAAAAUUGAUAACAGCAAGAGACAAUUGGACGGAGGAGAAAAUAACAUUACCGGAAGAUAUGCAUUACGAUAUUACAAAAUUAACUAAAUUAUAUCUUAGUCCUUCAAUCUCUUCGUAUCCUAACUCAGAAGGUCCACUAAAUUCAACACAACUGYCUGAAGAUAUAGAAGAUUAUGAUUAUAACAAUGAUAAUGAUGUAUCUAACUUUUGUCCUGGUAUAGAUGUCGAUUGCGAUGCACAAGAUAGAAAUGAUUCAGAUGAAAAUCUAAUAGAAAAUCAGAUACCAUUUACUAAUGAUAAUUUGGUAACAGCACCUACAUUAACUAAUAAAAUUUAUGCAAGGUAUCCUUCACGUGCCAAAAUAAUUGACAUGCAUCAAUUAAAGGAAACAAUAUGGAAAGCUGUUCUGGAAAAGAAAACUAAUACUGAUAAUAAAGAAGAAACGCAGAAAAAUGAUCAAAUUAGUGGCUCCAUAAAUUUCAGCGACAUUUAUAAAACUUUACCUGCUAAACUUUCUCAAUCUAAUGCUAAAGCAUUAAGCGUUCCCAUUGCAAUAGUAUCAUUGCUUCAAUUAGCCAAUGAAACGUCUUUAACACUCUCUUCUACUUUAGAUGGUUCAGAUAUUAUUAUACAAGAAGAAUGAUUUUUAAGUAAAGAAUAUUGAUAAGUAAUUGUAAGAAUAUUGAUUUGUAAAUAUGUAUU